GGAACAAGCAGGUUUCAGUGGUUGGGGUGCCUUUUUUCAGAAUGAUACCUACAUCUAUAGACCCAGAAGACGUUACUCCCUUAUGGCUUGACUGUGAUCCUGGCCAUGAUGAUGCAUUUGCUAUUUUAAUUGCGGCUCAUCACCCGUCGUUGAAGCUCCUGGGGAUCACCACGAUCCAUGGCAAUGCUUCUCUGAAGAACACCACAGCCAACGCUGGCAGUGUCCUAGAGGCGAUUGGUAGACCAGAUAUUCCGGUCUACCCAGGCUCUAGAAAACCGUUUUGCCGGCCCGCUGUUCAUGCCCCGGAUAUCCACGGGGAGUCGGGGCUGGAUGGCACUGACCUUCUGCCCAAGGCGAGGUUCCCGCCUGUGACGGACAAGAACCCAAUCCUGGCAAUGCGGGAUGCACUCUUGGCAGAACCUAAGGGUAAACCCUGGGUUGUGGCGACGGGCACACUCACUAAUAUUGCACUCCUUUUCGCCACGUUUCCAGAGGUGGCCGAGCAUAUCCAGGGGCUCAGUAUCAUGGGCGGUGCAGUCGGCGAGGAAUUUACUACUGCUCCUAUGAGUAGGCUUCCGGGGGAACAGUCCCGCAUCGGCAACACGACACCGUUUGCGGAGUUUAAUAUCUACUGUGACCCUGAGGCUUCCGAGUCAAUCUUCAGCAAUUCCGUACUGGCGCCAAAGACUUUCCUCAUCACACUCGAUUUGACACACCAGGUUCUCGCGUCAACCGCCAUUCAAGACCGGAUCCUGAACGGCGCUAGCGGUCAUUCGGAAUCUCCAACUGUCUUGCGUCAGAUUUUGCAUGCACUGCUGGGAUUCUUUUCCACCACUUACGCCACGGUCUUUGGCUUAACCACUGGCCCACCCUUACAUGAUCCUCUCGCCGUGGCUAUCAUUCUUUCAAACCUCAACCCAGAGUUUGCAAAGAAGCAUCCCAGAACAGCUCUCAAGUUCGAUGACAAGGGAGGCGAGAGAUUCGCAGUCAAGGUGGUGACAGAUGGACAGCACGGCCAAGACGUUUCGGUUACUGGACAGCUUGGUCGUACCAUCGCAUUUCCGAAGGAGGGCCAUGGCGUCGCCAUUCCUCGGGGAGUGGACUUGGACGGAUUUUGGAAUCUGAUCGAUUACUGCAUUCAACGGGCCGAUGAAUGCAAUGCAGCCCGUGGGGUAUACUAGGUGCUGUGAUGAAGGACCUUCUUGUAUUUUUCUAUACGUUUUUCAAAUAGACGAAUAGAGGUGCGGGUUUUUGGCUUGUGAGACCUGACUCCAGCCUUCUAAAGUAAUGUCACCUACCUGUCAUUCACCGCCACGACACUCAUUAACCAUUGACACCCUUUCCCUUUUUAACUAUUCACUCUCAGCUACCCUCUUGUUCUCUCCCUUAUACAACUCACCUCUCAUCUUCUACCCUCACUUUACUCCUACAGUACAAGCCAUAUAGUAUAACGCGGACCUCGACUCAGAUGAGAACAUCACGAAAGACGCGGCUCUGAGAAUCAAAGCUUAGGGAGUAUAGUGGUUACCCAUAUAUACACAACAUUACGCCCUUAUUAGUGAAUAAGA